GGUAAUGUCAAUGUCAAAUUUUACGUCAGAAAUAAAUUUAUUGAUUCGCCGGGUGAAUAAAGAGAAAACUAAUUAUUUUGAACUGAAAAUAACAAAAUAAAAAUGGAUUUUACUCCUGAGCUAUCCGCAUUUGAAGGCUUAAUUAUAUCUUUGAACCACACUAACAGUUUUUCAAGAAUAACAUCGAAAGGCGGCAAUGAAGAAAAAGUUAGAAGCAUAAUAGAAAGUAUGACCAGGUUUUUAAAAAAUGAAAAAUAUAUAAAUGAAAGUGGAGUAAUAGAUACAAUGGUGUCAAAAACACGAAAGUUUGCAAUGUAUAUUGUUCUUAAUUCUGAUUUAAAAGCAGUUAAAGAGAUGAUAGAGAUGGAAGGAGUUUUUCUAGUCGUACAGUCAAUACCAAACAUUCCACAAUACCUGAUGAGUGAAAUGUUGUGGAACCUUUGUAUGGAGAACUUUGUGUAUGAAAUUAUUACCUAUGGUUAUCCUCCACUGGCCGUGGAAGUGGCAGGAGCAUUUGCACAAAACUAUAAGUAUUACAAUCCCACCAAGGGUCUGCAAAAACUGCACAAUUUGUCAGCAGCAAUAUACUCCUUAAUUUGUAGGCUGCACUGCUUUGAUUUUGACAAAGAAACAUUUAAAAAUUUAUUGACUACUAGUUAUGAAACUUUACAUAAAUGCUUAAAAUAUUUCUCAGAGCCCCCUAAUAGUCAUUUGAUAGACUUACUAAUUAAUGAUGAAUUGUACAAGUUUCAUGGAAACUGUUUCAAAACAAUCUUAUUGUUGAUUUAUGAAUGUUUUAGUUGCUUCACUCAAGAAGUGAACUCAAGUUGGUUCAAUGACAUCUACAGGUCCACAUAUAAGGAGGGUUGUUUUAAGUGUAAUCCACCCACAAACAAAGUAUGUGACUGUCCAAACAAAGAUGUAACAGAGUGCUUGAACAAUUGCAAUGUUAUGCUAUUAGAUAUUUUUCAAGAGGUAGUAAUGGGUGUCAGUAUAGACAUAUUCUGUGCUUGGAGUGAGUUUGAAGAUGAUGGUAAAAGCAUGCAACAGAUUAUAGGAGAGCUUUGCCAUAAAGUGAGGACAAAACUGUUACAGGUGAAUAGUGUGGCUGAACACCCUGUGAUAGACAUGGUUCAACAAAUGGCCCGUAAGCCAGCUGUCAUCAGCGAUAUUAUUAAUGUCACUGAUGCCAACAUAAUAAUUCAAAAUAUCAAUAGCAAUUGUGCGGAUAGAUCCUCUUGGAUACAUGCUCUAGUGCACAAAGAACUGCUGUGCCAGCACAUAGAUCUAAUCCAUAUUAUUGAAAGUAACUUGAAUGAGUUUGAUGAUGAUGAGUGUUUACAAUUAUACCAUAUGUUCACCAAUUAUGCUAAAAGCAACACAACCAACAGAGAAAUAGUGACAUCAGUAUCUAUCAAAAUAUUCCGGCACUGCAGUGUAUCAGACAAACAUAAACUGCUUAAAGAACAUUUCAAUGACAACCAGUUCUAUGACAUGAGUGAUGAUGAAGAAUUUCACACCUUGCUUACUGAAAUGUUCAAUAAAUUUGUAGCCGACACUGAUGCAGACUUCAAAGAAGUAUUAAAUGUUUUUUUACUGAACCCCAAACAAGUUUUUAAUAAAAUAUUUGUAUUGGCCGAAGAAAAUGCUCAACUGACAAACACUAUGCUGAAAGUAAUGGAUCUACUCAGGGAUUAUUCUAAUUAUUACUAUGUAACUGAAACAGAACCUUGUAUUAUAAGUAUAAUAAAAAAAAUUCUUGACGAAUCUUUAGAUUCUGACAAUAAACAAGACAAUAUAGUCAAGUUUUUAAGUGGACUAAAGAAAAAUGAUUUAAUCCCAGGCACAAAGUUACUGCUUCUAAUUAUAAUGCCACACAUGCACAAAGCUCUUUUGAACAAAGAUAUUGGAAAGAUACAUGUUCAGAUUCAGCUGUUGAAUGAAGCCUACACUAUCCAAGAAUUAUUAGAGUACCGAGCUCCAAUGCUUGCUAUGUUGAGUCAAGUGUUGGAAGUAGUCCGCUGGGGGAACAUUAAAGCAUUUGUGCCUAAAGCCUCAUCAACUCUUCAGGUCACUUUGAACUUUCAGAAAUCUUUGAUAGAAACAUAUGAUUCUGUUAUUCCAAAUGACGAAGGUGACUGGUUACGGAUCAGACUGAAAAGAAAAAAUAUGCAGCCACAAAAUAACUUUUACUUUAGAAAACUAUUAGGUGGACAAGGUUCCAAUUUCUUCCAAGCAGUCAGUGGCAUGCAGGUAGAUAAGGAUACGAAUCGCAGCGAAAUAUCAAUUUGGGUUACCCAGAUAUUAAGUUCGGGCACACAGGAUGAAUGGUGUAUGGUAUGGGACAAUUUGACGCGGCACAUUGAAGACAUUGAUGUUCUCUGCAUCUUCCACGAAGCCUUACGCAUGAUUGCCAAGGCAGUUGAGGGGACCCGCACACCUGCUACGAGAUCCUGCUUGUUUUACUGCAUCCAGAACCUAGCCUACGUUAUACGGUACAAAUUCUUUCAAGUUCCGCUUACCGACCGACAUGUCAUAAGUGCAGCGUUCAGCUUAUCGAAGUUAUUGAAAGAUACUAAUAUAGAAGAUAUUGAUGAAAUUGGGUCCCGACUAAUGCCAUUGUUUGCUUAUCUAGUAGAAAAGAAGAAUAACUAUACGACAAAUUUGCCAAGUUAUUUUAAAAAUACUAAUUAUGCAACAUUAGUGAACCGUGCAUUCAACGGUGACAGCGGACAAGAUGAUACUGACACAUAAAUUAAAAAAUACAGACAAUCAUUCCUUUAUAAGUGCAUCACAUUUAUUGAUGUGUGUAUAAAAAUCCUGUCUCUGGAAAUGUACGGAUUAUAAAAAAUAUUUUUUGUCACCAGUUAAAAUAAACACAAUCUUACCAAACUGUCUUUUCAUUUAUUGUCGCGUAUAAUAAGAAUAAGUAAGAACAAUCAGGUUAAUACAAUAGAACAUCUGUUUAUUUAUCAAAUUGUGUUCUGGAUACAAAGUAACUUCUUCACCGAAAAAUUAGUAGGUAAACGAGCUUUUCGAAUUAUAUACAUUAAUAGUAAGGAAAAUAAAAAUGUAUGUAUACAAGAGCAAAUUCUAUGGCAAUCACAAUGUAAGCGUCUAAUAAUCCUUAUUUAUAAUCCCAAAUGAUUUAUUUAUUUAGGUAUUAUGAUGAUAAACGGUGUACUAAAAUAAACCUAAUUUAUGUAAAUAGUCAUGUGAACAACACUACGAAAAGUGAACUUUAGUGUGCUAUGGGUCAUUUCAAUCCUUUGAGCUGAUUCUUCAACUCUUUCAUUAGGAAAUC